GAACUCUGCAGUUUUGCUUUCCUUGCAAGAGCUAAGUCUUCGUGCCAAAUCCCAGACGCAGCCACACUGAUCUCAUUGGCGAGUGCCAGCCACGACGGUGCAGCCUCACGUCCUCUGGCCUAUGGGAGGAAUUUGGCGUUAUGCAAGAUACUUUUGCGCGGCAGGAUCUCUUGCCACGCAAGCGAUUGGAUCGCGAGUGCCAUCAAGGUUCCGAGAGCCUUGCCAACAACCCCCAUAUAUACCUCUCUUACAUCCGCUGGAAAUAGCGAACUAUCAUCAUCAUUAUUUCUGCAAGAUUUAUACUCCAAGCCAAACGAGCUUUCAUCAUGGAUUUCGCUCCUAGCACUUCGCUGUCCAUUCCUUUGACGCCUGCUCAGUCGCAUUCGAAAGACGAAUGGGAGCAGAAACGUCCCCUCAUCACGCAACUCUACCGUGAUGAAGGGAAGACCCUUGAAAACGUCAGGUCCGUUCUUGGACAGCAAUCAUUUCGACCAACGGCCGCCAUGCUCAAGAAACGCAUCAAGAAAUGGGAUUUAGAUCGGAACCACAAGCAGGCAGAUAUGUUGUAUGCUGUGAAGAUUGCCCUUGAAAGGGAAUCCCAGGGGAAGAAAUCGGCGUUCCUCAUCCGGGGUCGUGUGGUCACUUUUGAUGAGGUGCAGCAUUACUUCCGGAGGAAAGGCGUUCGGGAUCUGAGAUCUCUCGUGAAGGAUGCCGAUGUCGCGCGGCCAACGACUCGCAUUGAAUGGCACACACCUGAACCGGCCAAUAUCCCAGUUCAAAGCGGAGAUCGCCCUGUCUCUAGUAUUGUUGCUACCCAGUCCUUCGAGAACGAUCUUUGUCGAUCCAGCUCUGGCAUUACGGUGAUACCUGAUCCAAACCAGGUGGGGGGUGUGUUACGCCAGUCUCUAGAGCUCAGCCAACUCGAUCAACUCUUACAUUGUGGUCGCGACUACUACAACAGCUGUUUUGAAGGGCGAGAUUGGAAAAUACAACAAGAGAUUUUCGAGAUCACCUCUUUGGAAUCUUUCUAUCACAACCUAUCCGACGGCCAUAAUCUGGUUAAUGCUGGCCAAGUAAAUGUUGCCUUCGAACACUUUGACAGGGCUUUCGGCCUCAUCAAGGGCCUUCUGGAGAAAGGGACUCUGCUGUUUCUGCCAUACUUGUAUCACAUUUUGUUGCCAUGGCAACAAAUCCAACAGCAGGAUGUGCUACUGAAUAUGCUUGAAUUCAUCUCUCAGAUGAUACGCACAAGAUUCCCUCAUUUACGUCCUGUCCAGCAAUCUCUGGCCCUCUUACACGGAAUGUCUGUUGAGCAGAGAUACAAUUGUUCUACUCGAGUGUUCCAAAGCCUUUUGAAUCGAUUGCAAGGCGUGUUCCUCGACGAUGUGCCAGAUGAAUCGCAACUUGGAGAAGCUUCAAAAGUGCUUUGUCCAUCUGGGCCACUGAAUUCUUGCCUGGGGCCACCAAGUCCCGACAACUAUAGAAAGAUGGCUCUUGCGGUCUGGCAAUUAUAUCGAGACGCUGAGAGGCCGCCCUACCGCCGCACUCAUUCUUGUGGGACAAGGGGAAUCUGGGCUCAUAGGGUAGUUCAAGAAGCUAUGAACUACCAGACCCUCGAGGAGUCGGAAGAGUGGUGGGCAUUUACGACAUCAGGGCAAAACGACCCCUUGCGGUCAGCAGUUGUCAAUAUUGAUGUGCACGGGCCAGGAUAUAUUCUGGGUCCCAUCAAUUCCAGACCACUGACGACUGCCGCUUUGCAGCAACUGGAUGCAGAGCUGCUCAAAGAAGAUCUCCCUCCAAAGAAGAGUCCACGCCCUCGCCAACAUGAUGCUCUCAGACCACAAAAGCGAAGACUUGGCAGGGGGCAAGGAAGAAUCCAACAACCGUCAGCGAGGUCUUCGUUUUGAGUAUCUCUCAAAGUCUGAGGAUACUGAAACAAUUUUCUUUGUUCCGUCUAAAUGUUCCAGCCUCUGGCAUCAUCUUCUAAAAAGAAAAGAUGAUCCGCCCCCCGGAGAUCAUCUGAGGAAGACACACUUGGGGAUUUCAUUGUCCUUGUUUCAGCUUCCGAGACCUCGAUGACUCGCAGAGAAUAUAAACCCAUUCUCCUCCCUCGACUCCAUCCACCCAACACCACACUACACUACAACACACCGCACCGCACCCUGUAUCUAUCCAACUAUCUCCACCCCUUUAAUCCAAUCAACAAUGACCAACGCCGACGCAGACCCAGAAUCCGGUGUCUCACCUCAUUCAGAACACUCCCCUCCAACCAGCAUCAACUCCACGACAAGCACAGUCUGGAAAGAUGGACUCGCAUUUGCGAUCGUCGUCUUCAUAUUAGCGGC